CGGGCGCCGGAAGGCCGCGCGGCCCCGCCCCCUGCCGGGGUCUGUAUGGAGCCGCGGCCGCGCGGGCUUUGAGCAUCCCUCGCCGGCCCGGCGGGAGGGUCCGGGGCUGCGGCCGGCGCUCGGCCCGCCCUCGACAUGGCCAGCUCCGGACAGGACGUCUGCAGUGAUGGCGAUGGUGACGUGUCCCCCACAGUGGGCGGCACCCACCUGCUGGGCUUCUCCGACGAGAUCCUCCUCCACAUCCUGAGCCAUGUGCCCAGCACGGACCUGGUCCUCAGCGUGCGGCUCACCUGCCGGAAGCUGGCUGCGCUGUGCCUGGACAAGAGCCUCACACACACCGUAUUGCUGCACAAAGACUAUGAGGCCAGCGAGGACAAAGUGAAGCAGCUGGUGAAGGAGAUCUGCCGGGACGUGCGGCAGCUGGACCUGACGGGCUGCUACUGGCUGUCGGGCGCAGCGGUGGAGCGCGUGGGGCGCUGCCGCGGGCUGGUCAAGGUCAACCUGUCGGGCUGCCCGCUGACCUCGCUGCGCCUGUCCAAGGUGCUCUCGGCGCUGCAGCAGCUGCGCUCGCUGGCCAUCGACGUGAACCCGGGCUUCGACGCGGGCCAGCUGAGCGGGGAGUGCCGGGCCACGCUGAGCCGCGUGCGGGAGCUCAAGCAGACGCUGUUCACACCCUCGUACGGCGUGGUGCCCUGCUGCUCACGCCUGGAGAAACUGCUGCUCUACUUCGAGAUCCUGGACCGCACCCGCGAGGGCGCUGUGCUGUCGGGCCAGCUGAUGGUGGGUCAGAGCAACGUGCCGCACUACCAGCACCUGCGCGUCUUCUAUGCGCGCCUGGCGCCCGGCUACAUCAACCAGGAGGUGGUGCGCCUGUACCUGGCGGUGCUCAGCGACCGCACACCAGAGCACCUGCACGCCUUCCUCAUCGCCGCCCCCGGCAGCUUCGCCGAGAGCGGGGCGACGCGCGCCCUGCUGGAGUCCAUGGCGCGCAGGGUGGCGCUGGACGCGCUGCAGCUGCCGCGCUUGUGGCUCAAUGGCGCCGCCCUGCUGCAGCAGCUGCGCCUCUGCCGGCCGGUGCACCUGAGCUUCAGCCGCUGCGCGCUCCCGGGCGGCCACCUGCUGCGCCGCGUGCUGCACGCCGGCCGCGACCUGCGCGCCCUCGCCAGCCUCAACCUCAGCGGCUGCGCGCACUGCCUGGGCCCAGACGUGCCGGCGCGCAAGGCGGAGGACGACAUCGACUGCAGCGUACUGGAGGCGCUGGUGGCGGCCUGCGGCGGCCUGCGCCACCUCAACUUGUCGGCGGCACACCACCACAGUGCCGAGGGCGGCCGCCAUCUGUGCCAGCUGCUGGCCUGCCUGCGCCAGCUGCGCUCGUUGGCGCUGCCAGUGUGCGCCGUGGCGGGCUCCGUGGCGGGCGCCGUGCCCCACACGCCUCCCGCGCCCCCCGUGCCCGCCGCGCCUGCCGCCCUGCCACGCUGCCCGGGCAAGAAGGUGCGCGUGGGCGCCCCCGCCGCGCCCACCCCACCGCCCACCUCCGCCUUCUGGGCGCUGCUGCGGGGCCUGCCCUUCCUCGAGCGCCUGGAGCUCAUAGGCUCCAACUUCUCGUCCGCCAUGCCCCGCAAUGAGCCGGCCAUCCGCAACUCGCUGCCGCCCUGUGGCCGCGCGCAGAGCGUGGGAGACGCCGAGGUGGCCGCCGUGGGGCAGCUGGCCUUCCUGCGCCACCUGACCCUGGCACAGCUGCCCGGUGUGCUCACGGGCUCGGGACUGCUCCGCGUCGGGCUGCAGUGCCAGCAGCUGCAGUCGCUGUCGCUCGCCAACCUGGGCACGAUGGGCAAGGUGGCCUACAUGGCAGCGCUGGCCGACAUGCUGCGCCACUGCCAGCGGCUGCAGGACCUCAGGCUGGAGCAGCCCUAUUUUAGUGCCAACGCACAGUUCUUCCAGGCCCUGAGCCAGUGCUCCUCACUGCAGCGCCUGUGCCUGGUGUCGCGCAGCGGGACCCUGCAACCCGAGGCCGUGCUGGCCUUCGUGGGGCGCUGUCUGCGCCUGGUGGUGUGUCACCUGUUCACUGGCGAGUCCCUGGCCACCUGCCGCGGCCUGCAGCAUUCACUCCUCCGCAGCUUCCAGGAGGAGCGGCCAGCACUGAAUGUGGUCAUCUUCCCGCUGCUGCACGAGGGCCUGACCGACGUCAUCCGCGACGUCCCCAUGGUGCACCUGGAUGAGAUCACCCUGUUCAAGAGCAGAGUGGCCGAGGAGCCGCCCAACCUGUGGUGGUGACGGAUGGAGGGCUGCCCCAGGGAGGACAGCCCGUCCCCAAGCUCCCUCACCAGCUCUUUGGAAGAUGGGGGCAGAGUCGGCGUGGGAACAGGCGGUGACGAGGCUCCCGGGGGCCGUGUCACCUGGCACUGGUGUCCUGUGGGUGUGAGCCCCCCAGGGGCCGGGAGCCAGACUGUGGGCUUGGGGCUCCCCUCCCUCAGACUUGACCCCAGCCAGUCAGGGUCCCAGGGUGGUGAGUGGCCGGCCCCUGCCUUGACUGAGACCUCAGAAUGUUUACCUUGUGGGGGGCCUGGAGGCCGCCUCUGAACCCCGACCUGGACAGCUGUCCUGAACACUUGAGCCAGCCCCAGCGUCACCCUCCUACAUGUGGCAUCCCUCGUGCCCAAUGCCCUCUGCUUCCACCCCGGGUCCCUAAAUCCACACCUUUCCUGAGAUGGGGCUGGGGGCUCCUCGCUGCAGCUGACUCCCCUUCCUGCUGUCUCCCUGCUGUGGAGGCCCCCGUCUCAGUGAGGUGCCCAGGGUCCUGGCUGUGGAGGGCUUCGGGGAGGCCUGUACAGUCAUGAUCCUGCCCUGGGGUCCGGGGGGCCGUUCAGCAAGCAGCACCCUGCCCCAGCCUUCGGGGCCAGGGGUCCUCUGUUCCAAGUGUGGCCGAUGGGGCCAGGCCUGCCAGGGUAGGAGAGUGACUUGUGGUCGGUGUUGCUGACGCUGCCUCCUAAAUGAGGUGCCCGCACGGGUUGCCCUCUCUGCACCCAGGGAGAGAUGUGUAAGCUGGACGCGUGAACCACCAGGAGAGGGUGGGGAGAGGGCCUGAGGGCUGCCAGUUCCACGACCAGGUGCCCACGGGCAUCCCAGGCUCCACCCCCAAGCCAGCUGCAGCCACUGCUCACUGCUCCUUCCAGACCCGGAACUGUGAGACUUCCUGAGAGAAAGCUCAGAUUCCAGAGGUCCAGGGGCUCUGGCCUUGAUGCCUGGCUGGGAGACACCCCCAGAGACAGGGAACGCAGGGCCUAAAUCGUGGUGCAGAACAUGUGAUUCCUGUCAAAGCCAGGGUGCAGCGGGCCUCUUGCUGUGGGCCUUGAAGUGAGCGUGCAGCCAAGGCUCCCGUGGGAGCCGGGGGCUUGUGGGGUGUCUGGCUACUGACCCCCAUCACCCUGCUUUGACCCUGCGAGCUGCUCUUCCAGGGUCGGGACCUCAGUCCCCAAGAUCAGGUGCUAAGUGACCAGAUGAGCCCUUCCCCUGUGUACCCCCCUACCAUGUCCCCCACAUCCCCGGCUGUCCUGGCAGGAUGCUGGGGGACCCACCUCCACUCAGCCCUGUGCUGUGGACCUUUGUAGCAUGUGAGAUGCCUCAAAUAAAGUGGACUUGGUUUAGCAGCA